AUGUUCAUCAUCAUCUUGCUACUAUCCACGCUCUUCUGUACGGAUGGUUUCCUACUCUUCAAUGGAGAAACCAAUUUACUUGCCAAUCGAGAUGGUGAAAAAGACCUCCGCAACUUUGCCGCCGUCGACACCUUCUUAGGAGUUGAAAUCGACUUCUUCACAGAGGUCGUCCUUGGCGGUGACAUCAACUUCUUCUUUUCGGUGACUGUCCUGGGCGGUGAGAUUGACUUAUUUUUCAUGGUAGCCACCCCAGAUCUGGUUGGAGAUACGCAAAUCGGUGGGUUCCUAGGCUUCAACGGCGAAGCCAAUCUAGUCGCCAACCUCGACGGCGAAAAUGACCUCCGCAGCUUUGCUGACGUGGAGACGUUCUUAGGCGGUGUCAUCGCCUUCUUCUUCGCGCUGGCCGUUUUGGGUUUGGUCGGAGAUACAGAAAGUGGUGGACUGCGAAUCUUUACUUGA